GGAAUUUUGAUGUCUGCACAGCGACUGUCUCUGUGGUCAUGUUUACACUGCGCCCUGAGCUUUGGGGUCUUCAUCCUGGCUAUUCUGCCAGAGCGGACCACAGGUUAGUAUUCCUCUCCCUCAAACUCCCAGAACCAUGAACAAAACCACAAUUUGUGCUGCUCUCAACCCACACUCUCACACACACAAAAUUUCACCAUGCCACAAACACUGAUAGGAUUACUGCCAGAGUUUGUGUGGUAUUGUGUUGUGUCAUGCAGAUAUCUGGUUGUAUUGUCAACAAGAUUCAUUUUCAAGAUUUAUUUGCUUCAUUGGAGUUUCACAGUUACUACUUCAUGUGGAGUGAAUCAGAAAAAAAAAAAUUUGAGAUGUAGUUCUCUUUUUAGGUUCUGUGUAUGUAAAUCUUUUUGUUGUGUGUUUUCAGAGCCUCAGUUCUUCAUUUUACAUUCACAGAGCGGUUUUCCUGUUGCAUCUAACAGGUUCCUCCUUAUUACUGUAACAGUCAUUGAUUCCCUGCUUCCAGUUCCCCAGUGGUAGCUGGGAAGUUCACCAAUUGUGAACUCAAGACAAAAAAUAAAUGAGACUAGUAGAAAUUUCAGCACCAGCCUGUGUUGUUGCACUUCACACUUUCUGUGAAACACUGAGUUUUCUUAACUCUGAGGCUUUGUUUACAUCUCCAGGCAAGAACUGUUCUCACCCUGUUGUCCCAGAGCACGGAGGCUUUCGAUGCGAACCCAGCCCCUGUAGGGGCUUCCCCCAAAAGAGCUACAUCUACUACUUCUGUGAGCCAGGCUAUGUCCUGCCAGGCCGUGUGCACCGCUCUGUCUGUCGCCAUGGGCGAUGGACUCCCAGUGUGCCCACAUGUGUCCUCAGCCCAGAUGGGCAUCCAAAAUACGAGGACAAGGUGGCUAAUUCUCUGCCAAGUGUGGCUACAACUGCGGUUGGAGUCUCCAUCUUCCUCCUUACCACUACUGUCUGCAUGGUGGUCAAGUCCCGCCUCUACCCCUGUCAAUCACAUAACCGGCGGUCCUCUGAUCAGCUGGACUUGGUGGUGGACGGUUUGCCAGUAGCUUUGCCGACCUAUGAGGAGGCAGUCUAUGGCAGCUGGGGCCAGCGUCUCCCGCCUAAUCACGGACCUACUCAGCUCCUAUUGGCCCAGGAGGCGUCAGAGCACAGCCCGUUGUCUUCUCAGAUCCAUUCAGAUUCCAACAACUGCACAGACGGGUUGAAUCAGAGCCCAGAGGGGGCUCUGCCUCCUCCUUAUGAGGAGGUCCAAUCACGUUCCAGAGAUGGACGGCUCGACGACGGUGCUAGGUCCUUACAGAUUGCACUUUCAGGUGACAAGGACACGUGACCAGUGGACACUUGCCUUUUGAUUUUGUUUUUUACCUAAAAAAAAAAAAAAUCCCCCCAAGCCUCCAUUUGAGGAUUAAUGAGGAACGGCAUGGGUUCAUUACCAGGUUGAAGUUUUUAAAUGAUCGCUGUUGGUGUUUUUCAUAUGAGAUUUGUGUAUUGACACCGUUGUCUUGUAUGUAGUAGGAACCGUAACUUCAGGCUGAAACCAUAAUCAGUUUUCUCAGUGAUAUGUCACAGUAUGACUGGGUGAUUGAUUGAUUGAUUGAUUGGUUGAUUGUCUGGUUGAUUUUAUGACAUGUUUUCAGCUUUGAGCUGGAGAUGUGACUUAUCAUUUCCCUCAGUGAUGGGACAGGGACCGUUUGUGGUCAAAGGCACUUUUACUGAGAAAAAAGAAAUGCGUUAAAAAAUGCACCAGCAGGAAGUUGGCACAUCCCUCCUUGUGUUAGAGUGUUAAAUGUGUUUUCAUUGUAUAUGAAACAGGCUUCAGAGGUACAACACAUAUGGGGACACUAGAAGGUGCUGGUCUGGCAGGAGCAGACUGUGUGUGUGUCAAUACAGGGCACACACACCAUCCUGUCCACUGGCUCCGUUCUCACGGAGAAUAGUGAGAAUACAGCUGAAGAUCAGCUGUUAAACUCUUCGUUUAAGGAAACAAAUCAAAAACAACAACAAAAAAGAAAAUCUUACAAACAAACUUUUCUCCAAAUUCAGUUCUGCACUUUGAGUCUUAAAAUUCCCUAUGUAACUUUCUUUAUUUUUUUUAAUGCAUGCUGCACAUUUAAAAAGUUGAAUGUUCUGUUUUUGCCAGUAGAAUAUUACUAAGGUGAAAAACCUUCACUGUACAUUGUUUCUCCACUUUCUCUUUAAUGAUUGAUUGACAGGCCAAGGGGAACCAAGGGGAACUGACUUCAUGCAUACUUUCUGUAAAGACAUUGAAUGUGCUUAAUCUUUUUUUCCCUUGUUAGUUGAAGAGAAGUAUCCUAUUUAAUUAUUAAAUGUAACAUUUACCUUGAAAUUUGCAUAUAUAAUGUUGCACUGAAUAUGAAAGUAUUCUUAUCAAAACUGUUAAAAAAAACCUCUUUGAGUAUAUGUUUUUAAUAUACAUUAAAAGAGUUCAUGACAAAA